GUGAAGUCAUUCGGUCGCUCGUAGACGGAACAGUAAUGAAGACAUAAGUCAGAUGGUCCACCGAAAUAUAUAUUAAUAUAUAGAUGCACACAGAUACAUACAUAUAUAUUUAUAUAGAAAGGGUUUAAUGUGGGCGCUGGUGUGGUGCUUCAGAACUACGAGAUGGCGACUCUUGGAUUUAUACUUUUAUCAACAAUUCUGCUGGCAGCCGAGAAGAUUCUAGAGAAGAGAGUGCGCGCCAAUCAGUAGUCACGUUUCCAUCUAAAAGAUGAACUGUCAGGAGGCGAUCUUGCACCUUUCCUAUGGAGGCGUUCAGAAGGAGUACUGCCUGGUGUACAAUCAGAGCUGGACGCCUCUGGCCAGAAGUCUGGACCAAGCCAUUCUGUUCCCGCUGCUGAACCUGAGCACCACCACGCUGUGUGACCCGUCCUCCGUCCCCCCGGAGAUCAGCCCCGCCCUGUUGAACGGGAGCGCUCUGGUGGUGCGGAGCGGAGAGUGUAACAUCAGCCGUAAAGCCUUGGUGGCCCAGCGCCUGGGGGCUGGGGCCCUGCUGGUGGCCAGCCGCACCUACCUGGUCACUCCAUCAGCCAACGAGUCGGAAUACGCCAAAGUCCACAUUCCUCUGGCCCUCAUGAGGAACAUAGACCUCCUGGACACCAAGCAGGUGUUUGGCGGGGGGCAGGUGCAGGCCCAGAUGUUCUCCCCGCCCCAGGCCGCGCUGGACCCCAACAUGGCCGUCAUGCUGCUGAUCGCCGUCUGCACCGUGGCCCUGGGGGGGUACUGGAGCGGCGCCUGUGAGAGACAGAGGCUGACGGGCGCUGGGGCCGACGGCGGUGGCGGGGAGGAGAAGGUGGCGGACAGCGGGGAUGUGUUCCUGUACUCCCCCCUGAAGGUGGUGGUCUUCGUGGGCAUGAUGUGCCUGAUGCUGGUCCUCAUGUACUUCUUCUACACUGUUCUGGUGUAUGUGUUCAUUACCAUCUUCUUCCUUGCCUCGGCCACGGCUUUGUUCAGCUGCUUCGACGCCAUCCUAGAUCUUCUGGGCGUCGGCACGGUCAGAUUUUCGGUUCGCCGCUGGGAGUUCUCCGUGAGGUCUCUCAUCUUGGCUGCAGUUUGCAUCACCAUUGCUGUGGUCUGGGUUGUCUACAGGAACGAAGACAGGUGGAUCUGGAUCCUUCAGGACCUCCUGGGAAUCGCCUUCUGCCUCAACUUCAUGAAGACCAUCUCACUGUCCAACUUCAAGAUCUGUGUGAUUCUGCUGAGCCUCCUCCUCAUCUAUGACGUCUUCUUCGUCUUCAUCACACCCUACCUCACCAAGAACGGGGUCAGCAUCAUGGUGCAGGUCGCACUCGGACCGGACGCCCAAGGAGAGAAGGCACAAGGCAACUUGGUGACGAUCCCUGCUGUGCCCCAGCCGCCCUCAGAGAAGCUCCCAGUGGUAAUGCGACUUCCCCGCUUCAGUGCAGUGGCCCAGAACCUGUGCAAGAUGCAGUUCUCCAUCCUCGGAUACGGAGACAUCAUCAUCCCAGGUCUGCUGGUGGCCUACUGCAGCCGCUUUGAUGUGUGGGUCAACAGCUCCAGGAAGAUCUACCUGGUCAGCUGCUGCAUAGCCUACACGCUGGGCAUGGUGGUGACGUUCGCGGUGAUGCUGCUGAUGCAGUCGGGGCAGCCGGCGCUCCUCUACCUGGUGCCAUUCACCCUGCUCUCCUCCGCCGCCGUGGCCGCCCGCCGCGGGGAGAUGAAGCACUUCUGGACAGGAAGCGUGUACCAGCAGGUGUUGGACUCAUCCAGGGAGCCUUUGCUGCCAGAGGGAAGACCUUGGCGCUCCGUAGGAGACGCAUGCUGAUGUCCCUGACGGCGCCACCCUCCAAGGGCUCAACUGCUAUUUUUUCCCGAUUUCUUUUUUAAGAUCCUUAAUUUUUAUAAAUCAUAACAGAAAUUGUCUAUUCCAGGGGGAGAUGCUUUCACGCACAGUUUGACUUUUGUUGAGGAGUCUUGGUUGCUUUAAUCCUAGCGGAUCCAAAGAGCGAUGCUGAUUAUGUCGAUUAUACAGAACAAUGUCUAUAAUGUUGGGAGUACGAGGGUUUCUGGAUGCUGCCAAGGGGACAGUCCAUACUGGGAAGCACCUUAUCCGAUCCGUGCUGAAGGACGGUGGCCUGCCUGGGACAGGGGGGUAACGCGGAGCCAGAGGAUGAUCACCUUUAGUGUAAUUUUGUUAAGCUACCCCACAGGUGGAUUUUUUUUUCUUUGCCUUAUUUGAAUUAAAGUGUUUAUAUUUCACAAA